GUCAUAAUUCUAUUAAUGUCAAAACUAGACCUGUAAGAGAAUUUGUUUAAACAAAAAAUUAUGUCUUCAAAUAAGUCUUUAGAGAGUGGAUACGAACACGUUAAAAAUGCAGAAAAAAGUUUAAAAACAUCACUGUUAAAGUGGCGACCGGAUUAUGAAAAUGCUGCAGAAGAGUAUAAUAAAGCGGCUACUUGCUUCAGAAUUGCAAAAUCAUAUGAACAAUGUAGAGAUUGUUUACUUAAAGCUGUGGAUUGUUAUAAACAAAAUAAAGCAUUGUUUUAUGCUUCCAAAGCACUAGAUCAAUGUGUUUUAGUCAGCAAAGAAUUGGGUGAUAUUAGGGCAAUUCCAAUUUUUGCUGAAAGAGCAGCUAAUAUGUUUCAAACUCAUGGUAGUCCAGAAUCUGCUAUCUCAUCCUUGAGCAAGGCUGCUAAAAUAAUAGAACAAACACUACCGGCUGAUGCUCUUAGAUUAUAUCAACAUGCUAUAGAAAUUGCCACAAUUCAAGAUAAUGUAGGUGAUGCAGCAGAAUUUGCAAACAAGAUCGCAAGAUUACAUGUUAAAUUACAGCAAUAUGAUCUAGCAGCUGAUGCUAUAAGAAGAGAGCUAGGAUUACGUCAACAAUCAGAGUUAUUUGAUGCAACUGGCAGAUUGACUCUAUCUUUAGUUUUAGUACAAUUAACUCGUGGAGAUGUUGUUGCUGCAGAAAAAGCGUUCAAGGAAUGGGGUAAUAACUGUCAGAACCCAGAACUCUCCGUUUUGGAAAAUUUGUUACAAGCAUAUGAUGAAGAAGAUCCUGCUGCUGCCCAUAGGAUAUUGAAUUGUCCCUUAAUCAAGCACAUGGAUGUUGAAUAUGCUAUUUUAGCCAGAGAUAUGCCAUUACCAGAAGGUUUACGUCUCCAAUCAGCAGCCGAUAGAGAACAAUCCACUGCAACUGGUGAUUCCACAAAAGUACGAAAUGAUAUCACGGUAGAAAAUUCAGAUGUAUUUGUGGACAAUGCACAAUCCUCAGAAAGUACUCAAGAGAAAGAAGAAAAUGAAGAUGACGAAUUUGCUGGAGGAUUGUGUUAAGGAUUUCAAGACUUGGAUAAGAGUUACAUUAGAUUUUGAAUUUUCUUGUUGUUUAAUUCAAUAAUUUUCAUACAUUCCAUUGAAUAAAAUCAUGCUCAUUAAUGUAUAUAUAUAUAUAUAUAUAUAUAUAUAUAUAUAUAUAGGCAUUAAAUUUCAAAUUAAUAAGCUCCUCAAAUCUGCUGAUAAGUUAUUGGACAUAAUAUGUCUAGGUGUCAUUAUUAAUAAACGAGUCAAAUUGGGAAUUUAUACAUUCAGCCAACCAAUAAUCUCUUAUCAAUGCCCAGUACUUAAUUAAGACUCAAAUAUUAAUAUAUAAUAUGCAAUAAAUGUGUAUAUGCUUAUUAAAAUAUUUUAUUUUGUUGCUAUUAGAUUCUAGUGAUUAAUAUUAACAUAAAAAUUUGGUAAUUAUUUAGAUUAGGGGUGUUGUUUAAAUUUUAGACCAAUUUUUAACACAUCUUAAGUUUCUCUAUAAUGUAAUAAAAUUUUAACGAAAUUGGAGGGGUGUAACCUGAUCUAGAUAAUUACUAAAAAUUUUUAUUAAUGUUACCAUAAAUACUGUUAUCGCUCACAGUUUUUUCACGAUCAACGAAUCUUAUAAAUGUCCUUUUUGAUUCCUUAUUAGAUUGAAAUAUAUCUUUAUUUGUUUCAUUCAAUGGAUGAACUAUAUUGAACCGAACACCAAUCUAGGAUUGCAUUGACAAUGCUUAUUAUUUAUGCAUUCCUAUUUAUGAGAUUAAUGUAAACUGUAAGUCAUUAUAUUCUAAUUAAACUAUUGAUUAAAUGUAUGUUAAAUCGCCAGAGUCGAAAGUUUUACACCAUUUGUUAUGUUGCAAUUAACAUUAUUGACAGUACUUAUAGAGAUGAGUAUAUUAAUAUUAGAAACUCCAGUUACGGGUUUGUUAGUUAUAUUAUUAUGUAUUAGGGAUAUUGAAUAUUAAGGGGUACAUAAGUCAGUGUUUUUAUCCACUUAAGAUGUAACCUGUAACCCUGUAAAUGAAAUUAUUUGGUUAUUUUUAUAUUUUUCACUUGAUAUUUUUUUAGGACGCUACUGGUAAUUAAAAAGUCUAGUAAAUUAUUAACGGCCGGUUUCAUAAUACAUUUAGAAAGCUUUAAAUUUGAAGUUCUCAUUAAAUUAAGACGCGCGUUUCAUAAUUGCCAUUUAGCAUAAAUGUUAUUUCAAUUGGAAGUUUAAGUUAAGUCAGAAAUGAAAAUUUUGUUUGAAGACGAAACAUAUAUCAAAAGAUUUCGAAUAACUAAGCCCACAUUUACGGCAAUAUUGAAUCAAAUUCGGGAUGAAUCAUCAUUUUUUAAGAUAUAAUUUUCAUAUUUUUAGUUCACUAUAAUUUGGAAGCGAAAUUUUUCUAUUUGAAUUACAGUUGUUAAACACAUUGUGUAAAAAUAUUAAAAUUGAAAAUAAUAAUUGGACAUCAAUCAAACAUUUAAUAAUUACGAUUAAAAAUAAUUAUUGAUUAGAAUAAUUGAAAUGAAAAAUUGAAUUGAGGAAUUAAAUUGGCAAACCUGCACGCCACCAAAGAUAGAGCCAAAAUAAAUGUUUGUGAAAAAACAAAUACUCUUCUACGUUUCAUUUUGUUUCUAUUUUAAACAACAUAUAUUGGAAAAGUACAAAAUAUUGUCCGUAGUACCUAUAAAAAAAAUUUAAACUACUGCCAGACUUGCCAACCUUCUUUCAAUUCCAUUCUUUCAUUCCAAGGAGUCUUUAAUCUGAAGGAAUCUUUAAUUAGUGUCAAUUAGGGUGGGAUUAUGAAACCGGCCAUAACAAAGUGAAAAAUAAUAUAAGAUUUGAUUUUAUCUUCUUUAAUAUCUUUGCCAAUCAAUACCAUUAUUUAAAUAUUGAAGUGAUCGUGUGGAACCAUUUCUGUAUGUCUAAAUGACUUUCAUCUGCUUCGUCAUGUCCUUCUCAUUGUCAGGAAUGAUGUCCUCAAUGGCACAUUUUUUCUGUUUUACAACAGCCAGAAAUCAAUUGUGCUAAAUUUAGAAACGUGGAUGUAGAAUUGAGGAAGUGACUUAAGGCACGUUGAGUUGUCCUGAUAAUGUUUCUUUUUUUGGCAAACGUUUCAGUAUCUCCUUGUAAAAUUUGGGGUUGUUCCGUUUAAUAUAAAUUCUGAUGGAACUAUACCAUCAGAAUUGAUGUCCGUUUUUGGGCUUCUUUAGAAUGAGAUUUUCCAUUAAGAAUUUGUCUCAGGGUUAAAGACCUAAAUUUCAUCAUCAACAACAGUUUUGCCAAUAAAACUCUGCAUUAAAACGAUCUCCAAUUCCAUGCAAAUUGAAAAACGUCUUUCUUUUUGUUCUUCACCCAAAUUUGGCACUUAAUCAGCAUCAGAUAUUCAUAUUACAAGUUAUUAGUAAAUUGUUCAGAUCAAACCACCUAAUAAAAGGUUAAUCAAAUAUGCUGCAUUCUAAACCGCCUUUAGUUAAGCUACAAUGUAUUUUUUAUUUGAUAAUCAAACCUUUGUUAUUUGGUAAUUUCACAUCAUACAUUGUUUUAACUUAUUCUAGUCGAAUACCUUAUUAUGUAAAGUUAUUUAAUAUUGUUAUGAUAUGAAUGCUUAAUAAUUUUAAAACGUCAUUCAGAAAAUAAAUUAUUUAUUAUCAAAA